AUGGAUUGCAUCACAAUCUCCAAGCCCGCUGCCUCCCAUUAUGACUCAGACUCAGACAUGUCUGAUGUCGAGACUGGCACCACAUCUUCCGGGCUCAACGCAUCUGUGGUGACGCCGGGUGAGUUGGUUACCGACGACCCGGUGUGGAUGAGGGGCCACGGGACCUACUUCCUUGAUGAAAAAACAUACUCUUCGGUUGCUGGGACCAUUUCCCGUGUCAACAGACUCUUGAGCGUCGCGCCGUUGCGUGGGAGAUACACACCAGAGACAGGUGACCACGUUGUGGGGCGUGUGACCGAGGUGGGUAACAAGCGCUGGAAGGUGGAUAUUGGCGGUAAGCAGGACGCUGUUUUGAUGUUGGGGUCAGUGAAUUUGCCUGGCGGUGUAUUGAGAAGAAAGUCUGAGAGCGAUGAGUUGCAAAUGCGUAACUUCUUAAAGGAGGGUGACUUGUUGAACGCCGAGGUUCAGUCUUUAUUCCAGGACGGCAGUGCUUCCUUGCACACAAGAUCCUUAAAGUACGGGAAAUUGAGAAAUGGCUACUUUGUGAACGUUCCAUCCUCUUUGAUUGUCAGGGCUAAGAACCACUCCCACCAGCUCCCUGGUAACAUCUCGGUGAUCAUCGGUGUCAACGGCUAUGUAUGGUUUAGCCAGACCCAGUCAGCCAACCCAUCCUACAACGCGUCGCUCAACAAGCAGCAGGCGGCAUUAUCUUCGGGUAGUUCAGCCUACACGCCAGGCCAGGGCUCUGUUUCCAUCACCAGAUUGGAGGAAGAGUCGUCCUGGGAGAUUUAUAGUGAUGUGAACGAUGAUAUUAAGCCGACUGUGCGGAACACCAUCACCAGAUAUUCGAACUGUAUCAAGGCCUUGGCUCAUUGCGAGAUUGGUAUCACCGAGCAAAGACUUGUGGCCGCCUAUGAGGCCAGUACCGCGUACGAGAGCGCCGGCGCCUUGGUCGAGAGAGAGGUAAUGGAAAGCAUCGGUGAGGAUAUCAUCAACGCCGAGAAGAUGAGAGGAUAG